AUGAUGAUGAUGAAGACUGAUGCUGAGGUGCGUGGACUGCGCUCCUAACCCCUUCCCCCACAGGCAGACAGAGAGAUGAAAAAAUCAACGCGCCUUUAAAUAGAACCAUAUUGUCAUUCUGACUGCUGUUAUCUCACUGCCAGAGCGGCGACGGAUCCACUCGCCGUCCACUGCCUCAUCGCACGACCGAAGAAAUACACUUUAUAUACUUUCAUUCUACACACUCUUCACAGCAAACAUGCCUUCCAAGAGAAAGAAGAACAAGCGCCGAAUGAGAAAAGUGCAAGCCCAAAAAAAGGCUGUGGAGGAGCGGUUCGCCUCCUCUGGAAGGGGAACUUCAGGAGUGUGUGCUGUCCCUGCCCCAGUUCCUGCACGAGUUCCAGUUGCUAAAACCUCAAAAUGCCCUGUUGCAGUUCCAAUUCCCCUGGCAGUGAUUGCCCCCAUUGACGUUCCUGCUGAAGUUCCUCCAGCAAAACCAGUCGCGUUAGAAGUCUCAGUCACGGAUGGCAUCAAAGACGAAGUAGUGAAAGCUGCAGAGGACCUAGGACAAACCCCAGUGGAACCCCCUGCAAAAGAGCCAGAUGCGACUGAGGAAGGUGCAAGCGUUGUCAUUCCAGUAUCAGAGGUCACAUCAUCUACAGAUGAGCCGGUGUCCAUCCCUACAGAAUCUGAGGUCCAGUUUGAGGACACUACACUUGUAGCCACAGAGACGCUUGUUGUAGCUCAACCUGUCGAGACGGUUGACACCGAGCAGGCAGUUGAAGCUGAGCUUCUUGCUGAGGAUCCUGUGGUAGAGGUACCAAUGCCAGAGGAGGAAACAGUGACUGCAGCUGAAAGUGUUGCUGCGGUUGAAACUGUGACAGAAACGGUAGUAACUGAAGUUGAGCCUGUUGCUGACACUGCAGUGGAAGUCGAUGGGCACGUUAUCGGGGUCGUGGGAGAGCCUGUCAUAGAAGCUGAAGCCAUAACUGUUGAAAAAGAGCCUGCUGAAGUCCACACAGUCACAGAAGUCACGGAGGAUGUACAUGCAGAGCCUGAACCAAAAGCGUUUCCAUUGGAAGCUGUAGUACCUACAGAAGCUUUAGUGGAACCAGAGCCUGAGCAGCAGCAGCCAGUCCUACUGGAGGAACCCACGCCUUCGGUCGAGUCCACGAGUGACCCCAUCGCUGAAGAAUUUGUUGUGACUGAGUCAGUAGCUGUUGACACAACCGUUGCAGAGGAACAGAUUCCUGAAAUAACAACAGAUGCCCCCAAGGGUCUAUCAGAGACACUGUCAGAAACGAUUCCUGCUCCUGAGCCUCUGCCUGUGCCUGUACCAAAAGAGAUUAUACAAGCUCAAGAUGAAUUUACGGCGCAAGUAGAAACCGAAACUAUAAAGGACUUGGCAGUGGCUGGUGGCCUAACUGUGGAUGCCAUAAAUGGAUGUCUGGGAGCUACCGAAGUUGCAAUUGAAGGUUAAAGUGCCUAUGUUUCAUAGGACAUAAAGGGAUGGCUGAAAUAUGAAACUAUGCAAAGUGCCUUUCUGUUAUGAUUCUUACCUAAACUACGGCAAGGAUGUGCGGCUGAUCUUCGCUGAUGGAGUUUCUCCGAGCUUCUGACUAAUUUUCUUCAGUUUCCAUAUGCAUGUACAGUAGAUUUGAUGGCGUUAUACAUUGCAUACGUAGUCAAGUAAAAUGGAGGGGUGUUGCAAAUGUAUAUGUUUUUAUUUAGACCAUUUUGUAAUGGGGAAUGAAAACUUCUUGUUGUAUUUGAUAAAAUUAUUUGGAGUGGAGUGCUUUAGAGCACAAUUUCAUACAAUGCCAUCACCACAUCUUCUGUGUCCUCCUCAACUAUCCAUAUGUGCCUUUUUCCAAAUAAUAAAUAAAGGGAGUUUGAGGAUAA